CUUUUUUGUUUUCAUCCUCAAGAACAGUAGCCUUCCCCAAUCCGAACUCGCUUCUCCUCCUCCACAAACUCCUAAUUUAGCUGGAUUUUCGUGCAUAAUUUUGUAUUCGUAGAUUUCGCAUUGGGUACUACUUCCGCUUGAUUCCUCCUCCAUCUUCAAAAUUGAAUUUUCGGAUGUUUUUUUGUGAGGGAAAUUUGAUCGGGGAUGGGGAGAGGUGAUGGAUCAGCCACUGCUCAGUUCGCUGUUGAAGGGGCAUCGCCGGGGGAGCUGCCUCGACUCGGUGUUCCGGCUUCCGGGACCGAAGGAGGACGGUGACGGUGGCGGGUUCGUGGACGACGAUCGGUGGGGCACGGUGGCUGUGUCGGCCAUCCGGAUAUUGACGUGCUUCCUCGCCAUGUUGGCCACCACUUUGGCAUGGGCGGUGGUCCUGCUCCUCAUGCUUCCGUGGCCCUACGAACGGAUCCGGCAGGGCAACCUUUACGGGCAUGUCACCGGGCGAUUGAUGCUGUGGAUUCUAGGAAACCCCAUAAAAAUCGAAGGUUCUGAGUUCUCUGAUACAAGGGCUAUAUUCAUUUGUAACCAUGCUUCACCAAUAGAUAUCUUUCUUGUUAUGUGGUUGACCCCAAUUGGCACUGUGGGCAUAGCAAAAAAAGAGAUUAUUUGGUAUCCACUCCUUGGCCAGCUGUAUGUGUUGGCAAACCAUCUCCGUAUUGAUCGCUCCAACCCUACUGCCGCAAUUGAAUCACUGAAAGAGGCAGCUCGUGCAGUCAUGGACAACAACCUUUCCCUUAUCAUCUUUCCAGAAGGUACUCGAUCAAGAUCCGGAAGGCUUCUUCCAUUUAAGAAGGGUUUCAUCCGCAUAGCACUGCAGACACGACUGCCAAUAGUUCCGAUGAUUCUCACCGGCACACAUUCAGCUUGGAGGAAGGGUAGUUUGAGGGUUCGACCGGCACCUAUCACCGUAAAGUAUCUUCCUCCAAUGGCAACAAGUGAUUGGAGGAGUGAAAAUAUGAAUGAAUACGUCGAAUUAAUUCAAGCAUUGUAUGUCAAACACUUACCAGACUGUCAGAAGCCAUUGACAUCAGAUGUCAGUUAGAAAUUGAAGUUCCAGCAACUGCUGUGUAGGUUUCUUUCGUCUUUAUUCCAUUCAUUGGUGCAGUAAAGAUGCUGGAUUGGAAUUUUCUUGUAACAAUUUGGAGAAUUUAUGAAUGUUGGAGUGGUAUUUUCUAACA